GAUUUAAACAUGUGUAGCGGGCACGCGCCUCAUUGUUCCCAUCAGCUAAACACCGGUAAUAUUACCUGUGAUUCACCACGAGGACAUGGCUCACAAUCUCAACGUCGACGAGGCUCGAAACGGUGAAGAGGACACAACAACGCCUGGUGUCCCGUCUUCGUGUGCACCUGGUAAAUCAGCAGCUCUGGAUAACCUCAAACCGGUGGCAUCAGUAGCUUUGAGUGGCAGUAACAAUGAGUCUGAACCGGUGACGCCAGGACAUUCACUCCAGGCUACAACAACCCAGAGUCUUGAGUCCAAUGGAUGCAACACACCCACCUUGAGAUGUGGGAAAAAGCGGGAGAGGGGAUCAGACAACCCCUCUGAAGUUCCCGUGAAACGCCGUUUGAGAUUAUCAGAGGAUAACGGGAAAGAAUGUUCGCUAGAUUACGACGAGAGAUCUGCGGAGCUAUGGAUCGAUGGUGAAGUGGCUGCUUGUGAGGCUUAUGAGUUAUCAAAGUCCAGCAGCAACACCCAACACCGACAAGUCGCUCGACCAUCCGACAAUAACAGUUCUGUCAAUCGGCCGCCCACUCCGAAGGACUUUGAGCAUGUUGUUCGAGCCGAAGUGGCAGCCUGUUUUCAACCCAUCACAGACUUGAUUAGUUUGAGUAUGGAGUGGAGCAGGACUGAUUUCACUCAGGUGAUAAACAGACUUCGUGCACUGCAAAGGGAUAGCACAAUGCUGGCACAUGAAAUCCGGAAUAUGAGAGCCAAUCAAAGACAGGCGUCAGACGCAAUCUCUCUAAUGAAUGAAAGAAUGAGCGUCAUUCAAAGGUGUGUGUUAGAGACGCACCAAAUUAUGACCGCUACUAGAAAAUGAUGGGUAUGUUUAUUAUAGCAUACGGAUACUGUUCAAGCCGAUUUCUUUUUU